AUGGCUGAAAAACCAGGCGCCGUUCCUUCUCGAGCUAACUUCCCGUGCUCCCGUUCUCCCCGCCACCUCUCCUCUUCCGCCACAGCCCCUCCCCCCUCCACCUUUCGCGCGCGGAAGGGCGGGAGAGUCGUAAGAACUCGGGCAGGAAAUGAGACCGCGGGGAAGGAGACGGCAGGGAAAGGGGCGGAUGUCGCAGCUCGAGGGAGGGGGUCGGAUGUGACUGCAACGGGGGGUGAGAAGGACCGCCAGGUCGCGGAGGGCGGGCAGGAUGUGAUUAUAGAGGGCCAGGUGGUGCGGGUAACGCAAGAGGAUAUAGAUAUAGCGGAGAUGAUCGAAGCUCUCGAGUCGGCUUUUGAAGAGCUCGAGGAGGAGAGGUAUGAGGAGGCGGAGAAAGGGAAGGGGAAGGGGAAAGCAGAGGGGGAGCGAGAGGGGCAGGCGGAGAGGAAGGGAAAGCAGGACGGAAAGGGGGACGUGAAAGGGGAGGGGGAGGGGGAGGACGGGGGCAGAACGGAAGGUGCGAAGCAGGAGGGGAAGGAAGGGAAGGGUAAGCGGGAGGAAGGGAGGGUAGAGGGAGAUGAGGAUUCAGAUACCGAGGCAAUGGAAUACGAUAUGGAUAUGGAUUUAGACAUAGAUCUAGGUGAGCUAUGCCGGAGCGCGGUAGUCCGGUGGCUAGUAUCCUGGAACCUAAGCGCCACGUGGCAGGGCGACGUGCAGACGCUCGCGGCGCUCCUGGACGAGCUAUACACCAAUGAGAUGCUCGUGAUGACGCAGGAGAAGGCGAACGACGCCAUGGCGGCCGCGGUUCGCGCGGGCACGGAUUUCUUCCGCGCGAAUCUGGAGAAGCAGUACGUGUGGUACGACGCGGAUGGGAAGGUGGUCACGGAUUGGACGAACGAGCGGGUGAGCGUGUACGUUGCAGGCACGCUCAGCCUGUUUCUAGACAUUUCUCUAGAAGGCAACUCUGAUACCGCCUUCCCCCCAGCUGCGCUGAACUGGCUUGACGAGAGGAAUCUUCGGUCGGAAGUUUUCGGGCCCGGGGCAGCCGUCGACAUUGUCACGUGCGUGCCCGGGCCGUACGGCGGGAAAGUUUUUGCGUUUGAGCUGCCCGAGGGGAGGGAGGCCGGGGAGGUAUACGCGGCGCUGAAUUCCCGGCUGAGACGAAGCUUUCCGAAUCUUGAAGUGUCGUUAGACUCGAUGCAAUACGCGAUGGAUGUUGGGGAUGACAUGUUCAAGGGCGGAGGAGGAGGAAUGGGGGGAGAGAACGACAGGGACGGAGGGUGGGGCGGGGGGCCAGGAGGAGGAGGAGACGGAGGCGGGGGGGGAGGGAACUGGAACGAGUGGGGCCAGUUUCAGACGGGCAACGCGCCGACGCUCUACACGACGUGCGCAGCUUUCGUUGUGCGAAGAGACGUUUUCCUUCAACCAGGCCUGCCCCUCCCCAUCACCGCCGGCGCCGCAGCCUUCACGCUAGCCUCUCUCAAAUCCCUCGUCCAGCCCGAUCUAGCCCUCACCUCCUCGGCAGACCUCGCCUGGGCUCUUCUAGGGUUUUAUGCAGGUGUAGCUGCCACUACUGGUGCGGCCAUGGCUGGCCAAUACGUCUGGGCGUGGUCGUAUCGGACGGACACAGCCAAGCCCCCGUCGCCGCUGUACUUCCUCCCGCUAUUCGCUCCGGAUAUCGGCCUAGUCACGCUUAUCACACAGGUUGUAGCGCCAGUCCCCUCUAGGGUCGCUCUCCUGGACCUCACUCUCCUCUCCUCCUCUGCUGCUAUCUUCUCCUCUUUCGCUCUCCUGCAAGCCUCCGCCGCCAGCAGCGUUGAAACCCUAGUCAUCCAUCCUCUGGCUCUCGCCGGUCUUCUAGGCCUUCACGUGUCCGCCGUUUCCCUCCUGCCAGCUGUCGGCCUCCCAGGAGGCGACAUUCUCUAUGCUCUCGUUCGAGAUCCGCUCGUUCUCUCCCUCGCAACCACCGCGGUUACAAUCAUGCUUCUCGUCUCCAUCCCUCUCAACUUUUCCUGGACCUGGGUGCUGCUGUUCCUUCUCCUGCCUCUCCUCGCCCUUGCUAAGAUCAGAAGGCCGGUGUCAGAGGCGCUUACGGCUCCCGACCCUGUGAGGGUGUGUCUUGGGGUGGGGUUGCUGGUGACUGGGGUUGUUGUGCUGCUGCCGGCUCCGCUGUUUGAGUUAGUGUUUGGGGAACCUGCUGGCCCUGUGGCAGAGCAAAUUCUGAUUUCCCUGGGGUUGGGCUGA